AGAUAUACCCGCUAAUUAUGCUUGAACCGACAUCGCGUGCCUAAAUCUCAGCUAGUUGAAAAGGAGGAAUUGUUAGGUACUGAAUAAAGUAUCCCCUCGUACCAUAUACAGCCCGAAACGGUAACGGAAACAAAACCGCAAAGAAGAGGGAGAGAAAACCCCGUAGCAACGAGGCCCGUCUAGCAACAUGAGGCUCACAGCCGAGCUCCUCCAGAAUUCCCCCUCCUGGCUCAACGCGCUGAAAGAGCGCGAGCUCGAGCUGAGAGGACACCGGAUUCCCACCAUCGAGAAUCUGGGUGUGGCAGGUCCGCAGGAUGCCAUAGACUUCGUCGACAACGACAUCCAGGUGCUGGGCAACUUCCCCCUGUCGCCGCGGAUACAAUCCCUCCUCCUACAGCGCAACCGCAUCGCCUCCGUACAACCCACCCUCGCCAAUUCGAUCCCGAACCUUACCACCCUACAGCUAGAGUCGAAUAACCUGAACGAGCUCGCCGACCUCGACCCUCUGGGGACCUUUCCCCGCCUGACGCACCUGGUGCUGCGAGACAACCCUGUCACGAAGAAAGAUCACUACCGGUACUGGGUCCUCUGGCGCUGCCCGUCGGUGCGCUUCCUCGACUACGAGAAGGUCAAGGAGGCGGAGCGGAAGCGGGCGCGGGAGCUCUUCGGCAGCGCGGAGCAGCCGACCGAGCUCGCGACGCAGAUCAUGGGCGUGCGGUCGAAGGCGUUCGACCCGACGGCAGCAUCGAACGGCGGCGGCGGCGGCGGCGGUGGCGGCGCGAGCGGCGGAUCCCUGCCCGCGCGCAUGUCCCGCAUCAAGCUCACCGACGGCGAGAAGAGGCGCCUCCAGGACAUGAUCAAGCACGCCACGAGCCUCGACGAGAUCACACGCCUCGAGGCCAUGCUACGCGAGGGCCGGAUGCCCCCCGGCGUGCACCUCGGCGACGAGAUGGAGGAAUAGGAAUUCUACGAGGGCGCGCAUGCGAGAGGAUAAUGGGUGGGUGUGUGGGUGUGUGGGGGGAUUGGGAACGUGUGCUAUAUUCGAAAGAAAGCAUCCCUAAGGACAGGGCAGGGUGGUGCGGGACAGGCGUCUGAAUACGUAUUUUUCGACUGUUUUGCCGAACGAGAACAUUCGGGUAUACCCAUAAAGUAGGCAAGGGAUGGUAGAUUUCUGCCGCCCUCAAGUUAGGAGCAUCGACCUC